UCGCGGGGUGGAGAGGGUCAUGGCGGCUGUCUGUGUGAGGGGCCUGUGUGUGUGUCUGCUGCUUGUGCUGAGUCUCACAGCGGCGGCGGAGGAGAAGAAGAGAAAGAAGAAAGAUGUCCGGGAUUACAAUGACGCGGACAUGGCGCGGCUGCUGGAGCAGUGGGAGAAAGAUGAUGACAUAGAAGAAGGCGACCUGCCCGAACACCAAAGAAAACCUGCCCCAGUAGACUUCUCAAAGCUUGAUCCUAAGAACCCAGAGAGCAUCUUGCAGGUAACCAAGAAGGGCAAGACUAUAAUGAUCUUUGCAACUGUAUCUGGAAACCCAACAGAGAAGGAUACGGAGGAGAUUACAAGCUUGUGGCAGGGCAGCCUGUUCAAUGCCAACUAUGACAUCCAGAGGUUCAUUGUGGGACCAAACAGAGUGAUCUUUAUGCUACGUGACGGUGGCUAUGCCUGGGAGGUGAAGGACUUCCUUGUGGGUCAGGACAGGUGUGCAGAUGUGACACUCGAAGGACAGGUGUACCCGGGCAAGGGAGCAGAUGGCAGUACUAAAACCAAAAACCAGAGCAAACCGGAGAAAAAUAAGAAAAGUGACAGCAAGAAAUCAAAGUCAUCCACGGAAACAAACAGAGCAUCUGCUGCCAAGGAGGAUUUAUGACCGUGCCCUGAUGUUCAGACUCUAAGGACAACGAUGCGUUUCUUACAGCUGUACAGCAAUAUGUGGACAGGUCUUAUGUGGCUGAUUAUUCAGAAUCCAGGAUUAAUCUUACAGGGCAUCAAAAACGCCAGAGGCUCGCGACAACCAAUUGAAUAUCACCACUAAGGCUUCCUGCACAUGUUGCGGAUUAUGUACGUUUUUUCAGCAUGGAUUCCUGUGUGCAUAGUACGGUACCAGCAGUGUGAAAAUAGACCAAUUUCACCUUGUUGAUAUUUUCUGCUCGGAAAUUGACCUGCUGUGCGGAUUUGCAGAUCUGCAGCAUGUUAAUUAUGUUUGCAGUUUUAACUGUGGAUUUCACCCUUUUCAAAUGAAGAGUGAGAUCUGCGGCAAAACUGCAUCAAAUUUGCACGAAAAAAUACUAUCAGAAACUGCGGUUUUGGGUGCAGAAACGCACAGAAAGCCACAUAGAAAUCUGUGCGGCUCUUCUGCAUGUUCACACGCACCAGUUAUGCAGGUACCCUAAUGCUGGCUAGUAAAUGAAGGAUGUGGUUUGAUGUGCUAUAGGCAGCUGCUCCAGAUUUCACAGGUUAAGGGUCCAUUCACACGUCCGUGGUGUAUUGCGGAUCUGGAAUACACCCGGCCGGCACCCCCAUAGAAAUGCCUAUUCUUGUCUGCAAUUGCGGACAAGAAUAAAGCUGCAGACCGGAAGA